CCUGGCUGGACCAUGUGGUGGUGGCUGCUGGCCGUGUUGUUGGCAGGAACGUUGGUGGCCUUCCUCACCUUUGGUCGCCGUUACAAAGUGUUCAGCGAGAAGAACCUGAGAGCUCCUGCACCUUUUGUCAGCGACACCAAGAAGAGAGACGACAGGCUGAAGAAAGGAUUCCGCUUGGAUCGAGUUCCAGGCGACUUGGACGCUGUGGUUAUCGGCAGCGGUGUAGGAGGACUGACAGCGGCGGCCAUAUUGUCCAAAGCUGGAAAGAAGGUUCUGGUUUUGGAGCAGCACGACCAGGCCGGUGGAUGCACACACACCUUCCAAAAUAAAGGCUUCGAAUUUGAUGUUGGUAUUCAUUAUCUUGGUCAGCUUCACGACAACAGUCUGCUUCGAGUGGCUCUGGACCAGAUCACAGAGGGUCAGCUGCAGUUCACCCGACUUGAACAACACUUUGAUACUUUAGUUCUGGGCCAGCCUGGACAACACAGGGAGUACCACAUCCAUGCCGGAAAGACUGAAAUGGCGGAGAGUCUGAAGAAACAGUUUCCAGGGGAGGAAGACGCCAUUGAUGAGUUCUUUCGCUUGAUGAAGUCGGUGUCACAGCGGACGCCACUCAUCGCUUGUUUGAAGAUUAUUCCUUACUGGCUGGUCACAUUCCUCAUUUGGACGGGUCUACUGGAUCGCAUAUCUACAGUGUUCCGCCUGGCGACAACAAACCAUUCUCAAAUGAUGUCCCGUCUGACAGACAACAAGGACCUGCAAGCCUUGUCCGCCUACCUCUUCUAUGGUGUGCCUCCUAAAGAGUCCAGCUUCCUCAUCAACGCUCUUCUUAUUCACCAUUACAAGCGGGGUGCGUAUUACCCACGAGGGGGCGCCAGUGAGUUUGCCUUCCACAUCAUUCCGGUCAUCCAGCAGUCAGGGGGCGCUGUAUUGGUCCGAGCUCCUGUGCAACGAGUUCUGCUGAACCAGCAAGGGAGAGCCUGUGGUGUGACAGUUCUGAAAGGCCAAGAGGAGUUGGAGAUCUUUGCUCCUGUUAUCAUCUCCAACGCAGGAAUCUUCAACACCUUCCAGAAGUUUUUGCCCCGGCAGAUCCAAGAGAAAGCAGAGAUCCAGUCCUUGUUGAGCAUGGUGCGUCACGGUAUGGGCUCCUUCUUGGUCUUUGUUGGUCUGGACGGAACCAAAGAAGAACUGGGAAUUGUUUCCACCAAUUUCUGGAUGUACAAAGACAACGAUCUUGACUCAUUGAUGGAUCAAUACUCCUCCCUGAGCAGAGAGCAGGUACUUGGCAACAUUCCCAUGAUGUUCAUCACCUUUCCGUCUGCCAAAGAUCCCACCUCCAGCGUUCGGCAGCCAGGGAAGUCCUGCAUGACGUUACUCACCAUGGCUCGCUAUGAGUGGUUUGAGGAAUGGGAGAAGACCAAGCUGGGCAAGAGAGGACAAGACUACCUGGACCUGAAGAAUGGAAUGUCCCAGGAGCUGCUGGACUGGGCCUUGACCAUCUUCCCCCAACUGAAAGACAAGGUAGUGAUGGUGGACGCUGCCACCCCCCUGACUAAUGUGCACUACCUGGGCGCCCCCAGGGGUGAGAUGUACGGUGCUGAACACAACUUGGAGCGCUUCACCCCACAGACAGUGGCUAGGACCAGACCACAAACACCAGUGGAUGGUCUCUACCUGACAGGGCAGGACGUGUUCUGUAACGGCAUGGCCGGAGCGCUGCAUGGAGGACUUCUGUGUGCCUCAGCUGUCCUCGAUCAGGUUCUCUACAUCGACCUUCUGGCCCUGAAGUCCCGUAUGAAGAAAAAACAUAAACUCACCUGAAAGUCAACAUGACAACUCUAAAUAUGUAUCAGGUGUAUGCAGAUACAUAUUACUUUUCACUAUUGUGUUGUGUAUUGUAGUAUUAACAUGUUUUACCACUACUGUAACAUAGAUUUAUUGUAGUAUUAACAUGUUUUACCAAUACUGUAACGUAAAUGUAUUGUGGUAUUAACUUGUUUUACCAAUACUGUAACCUAGAUUUAUUGUAGUAUUAACAUGUUUUACCAAAACAGUAACAGAUUUAUUGUAGUAUUAACAUGUUUUACCAAUACUGUAACAAAUAUUUAUUGUAGUAUUAACAUGUUUCACUAAUACUGAAACAUAGAUUUAUUGAAGUAUUAAUAUUUGUUACCAAUACUGUAAAAUCUAUUAUUAUGGUUUGUGCUCAGUGGGAUUAAAAGGUUUACUUUGCAUUGUUGCUGUGGAUUGUUGUUUAUUAUUUACAGUAAAGACGAUAGGAGCUUUAACGUUCCUCCAUUUUGUUUACGUCUGCUGGAAAGUUUGGU